UGGUGACGUAAAGGCGCCAAACCAAUGAAAUGCAAGAACAGAGGGUUGUAAGUGUGGUGUAUCAGACUAACCCAGUCAGCAAUGAUACACAGACACUGGAAUGACCUCAGAUCGCUAACAAAUGGCUACAUUAAUGGAGCGAUUGGCUUUCUUACAAAAAAUGCCGACUCUAAUGAAGGCGACUGCAGAUGACGAAGCGCCUUGUCCUGGGUUCCUCUUUGAAGAAAUUGGCAAAAUUUCCCAUGAGUCACCGGGCUGCUGUCAGUGUCUUCUUGAGUACCUUCUAGAAAGGCUGCAGGUUGAGUCAUGUCAUGUGAAAAUUAAAGUUCUGAAGAUCCUGCUGCAUCUCUGUGGCCACAGUCCUCCACACUUUGUCACGGAGAUGAGACGAAAUGCCACUUUCAUCCAGGAAGUAACAGUGUAUAGUGGUCCUCCAGACUCUGUUCAUGGCAACGCACUGUUUCAGAAAGUCAGGGUCUCAGCACAGGAAUUGGCCAGUGUGCUCUUCAGUGACAUGAUGUCUUCAGGGUCUGGUGUCUUUCCCUGUAAAGCAGCAGCUCCAACUACAGGAAUGGGAUCAGAGUAUCUCCGAGCAGGAAUGCUGGGAUUUGGAAACAGCCCAGUGAGAAAAUCAUCCAGUUCUGUGGGUAUUUUGGAUAAGAUUCAGAAGGCUGCAGAGGUGGUGGCAAGCGCUGUUCUUCCACCUACAGAGCACCCUGGGAUUCGGCUCCACGAUAAUCACUAUCGGGCUGUAGUAGCGCCCUCUGCUGUUGUGGAGGUUGCAGUGCCUGCCUGUGCUUACAGUGUCCCUUCACACAGUUACAAAGUCUCUCACAGGUGCCCGGGCAAGGCAAGUGGCGGUUGGGAGGAAACAGGCAGUGGACACAGCUCUUCUCACAACUCGUCUGUGGAGAAUGAGCCAGUCAUUCACACAUCAGUAAGGGGAAGCAGCAAGUCAAUAGACACAGGCAGCCACUCAGGGGGCAGUGGAGAGAGCGGAGACAGCGUAUCAGAACGUGUGGAGGCUGUACAUUUGGGUGACUGUGGCCAGGAGAUGGCGCUGAUCAGUAGACUGACAAAUGGAUCUAAGAUCUUCCUGUCCAGAAACGAGAGCCAGCGUUUCAUCAAAGAGUGCUCCACCUUAAACUGUGAGGUUGUGGUAGAACUUCUGUGUAACAAACUCCAGGAUCCCUCCCAGACCAUCCAAAUGAGGGCGUUGUGUGGACUGGCAUGUCUGAUGUGCACAGAUCUGCUUUCUUUAGAGCAGAUCUUCAGUGUUACACAUGUACGCCUCACUCAGCUGAGUAAGGGGGCAGCAGGACCUGUAACGAACAAGGCAACCAAGCUUCUUAGGCAGUUUGAAGCUCUAUUGGGUUCUUCCUUGGAAGUAACCAAGCAUGAUGUUACUGUGUGUUCCGAAUCAUCCACUACUCCACAUUCAGAUCAGCCUUUAAAUCCAUCCUUCACUAGUCCUUUUCUCUCAACACCUCUGAAUGCUGCAGUCAAGAAACUUUCAUCUGUAAGUGAUUCACAGGCUCUCUCUGCUGGACAAGAAGACCAGGAGGGCAUUUCUACUGACUCUGAGAGCAUACAAAAAGAGCGGAUUGUUCUAGAAAGAGAAGACGGAACCACAGACUCUUGUCAGAGCUCUGAGUCGUCUGUAAACCUUCCCAGACUGUCACUGUUUAGUGGCAUGGAGCUGAUCAACAGAGGGAAACCAGUGUGUCUGGUUGAGCCUGUUCUUGUAGAAACAGAUACCCAGACCAGAGAAGAAGCCUAUGACAACAUCACCACGGGUUUGGAGAAGAGCUCAGAAAGAACAGCAGAGCCCUCAUCACCCUCUAGUGGUGCACAAAUGUCUGCAUUCUCCUUCCUCAACCUCUGACCUUGUGAUUGCUGUCAUGUUGCUGUACUUAUAGAUGACUUUCUGUUGUAAAUUUCAAUAUUUUGGGUAGAACCAGUCAUCAUAUGAGAAAAUUGACUAGAAUGGAAUAAUAUCUGUGAAUAUUUAAGCAUACACCAGAUACAGAAAGGUAAAAAAAGAUACCAUUAACAAAACAUCCAGUCUGACACAUAGUCAUAUUUGGGAGUAAAGUGAUCUCUACAUCAGGGCAGUUUAUAGAUUAUAUGGUUACUUAAAAGGACACACAAGUUUGUCCUAUUAGGUUGCAAGUCCAGAUGCUGCUAGUGGCUUAUAACAAAUGGACUGGGAAGGAUUUUGGGUAGAAGGUUGCUGGCAAACUGAGCAGCAACAGAUGAGAUACAGUGUAAUAAUAACGGAGACAAUUUGUCAUCAUGUGAGGUGUAAUAAAAUUAAUCAAGCCAACGCUACCUCCUCUAAAGGAGAAAGAAGCUUCCUAUUUAUCUCCAGGCUUCACAAGCUAAUAUGCUAACAUACUAUGCUGACUCAAUUCAGGGCUGAAGAAAUCACAGCAGCAAUUGAUGUUUAUCAAACAAAAACACAUUUCAGCUCCGGAGUGAUGGCUGACAUCUAGAAACACACCCUUUAGAAUCACCUCGUUGAAAUCUUGAUGAGUGAGUGUUAAUGUUUACUUAACCAGGCUUCAUGGUUCACACGAACGCUUAUUCGUUUGUUUUUAAAACCUUUACAGUGUUGAAAUUUGAAGGCACAUAAUCAGGCAAUGUUUGCUUUUGCACUGCUGAAAAUCUCAAGUAUCAAGACAGCACUGUAUUGGAUUUGAAGUCUGUGUAUCUUUACAUCGUUACUAAACAUUCAAUAGUAUUACCUGAGAAAAUGGCCAAA